AUGUUAAUCGCAAAAGUAUGGUUCCUCCUUCGCAAGUAUAUCCUGACAAUUCCGCGUUUCGACCUGUUCCUGCAAGGUGCGCUGCUAAUUGUUGUAUUCCUGGAAAGCAAUGUCUACCUCCUCUUGAGGAGAAAUGCGGGUACAGGGUACCUGUCAUCAAUAAAUGAAGAUUGGGUUAAAAUGGGAGUUGGUGGUGCGGAAUUUUUAUUGGGUGCAAUGGUGGCGUGGUAUGGACGAGGCAUGAGACACUUUACACUGUCAGCUUGGCUUGGAGCCACGGCCAUUUCUGGCCUGAUAGUUUUAGCAUUCCCGUAUCCUGAAUCGGGGCGACCUUCGGUAGAACUUUGCGGAGGUGGUGUCAUUUCAGCAUACUCCGAACAUAAUUUAAAUAAACAGUCCACUGAAGAUAACCUUCUGGUUCCAAGAACCGUGUUCCUUAUUAUCACAGCAGUUCUUUGCGCACUCACAAAGAUCAGCGUGUGGGCGCACGGGAUCACGUACUUGGAUGACCAUGAACCGGAAAGUGGACCAUAUUUUUAUGGUAUCCUUAUAUCAAUACGUCUGUCCCUCGGUCUGAGUGGUCAGAACUGGUUGAGAAGUGGUUCAGUGAGGGAGGACUGGUGGGAGGCACAUGUGUCACUCUCGAUGCUGACUCUCAUGUUCUGUAUCCUGUUCACUCUGUUCCCGAGGAAAAUGGAGGGGUACAAGGAGUUCGAUAUGUUAAUUUUUCCAGGUAUAUUAAAGCCGAUUGGUCGUAUGCUUAGCAAUAAGCCAUUAAUGCUGCAGACGGUGGCGCUGUCGCUCCUCAACACGGCUCUCUUCGGCUACGUCAGAUUUGAUACUGCAACUAUACAGUCGAAGUUCCACGUAGAAACUCUACGUCAGGAUCCGCGAACCUCGCGCACGAUAAUGGACAUCUUCAGAUCCCUCGUCAUUAUUUUCUUCGUCUCGAUAUUUCGCAUGCGUUUCUCCGGUCGUCGCAGUGAAGGUGUCAAAUCAAACACUGCUUCCAAAGUUGGUGGUAUUACUUGUGUUUUGGUGACUGCAUUCUUCGCUGUACUCACUGGCCUUAGCUGUGGUAUAGGGGAAAUUGCUGGCGUCAACGGGGAGUACCAGCAGCCAAGCUGCAGUGUUGGAUGCGAAUGCAAAUCAGAGACUUACGGCUUCAGUCCUGUUUGUGUAUUGAAUACUUCGACGACUUACUUCUCUCCGUGUCACGCGGGAUGCAGGGAAUACGAAGACCUUAAUGGAUUUUUGUUGUUCGACAAUUGCUCUUGUGGCCCUCAAAGAGCGGUUCGCGGAAGCUGCACCCUACCUUCCUGCUGGCUCGUUUACAACAUCUACCUGGUCUUCUUUACAUUAGUGCUCGCUGCCACAGCGGCGUCGUUCCUCAUGCAAGGCAUGGUGAUACUUCGCGCCGUCCCGCCCCGUGACAAGCCCAUAGCUAUCGGGGUCAGCUUCGCCAUAAUCGGAAUCCUCUCGCACGUGCUUGGCCACUUUUUGUACAUGGUGAUCGGCUAUUUAACGUGUGUCUACGAAAGGGAUAGUAUAUGUCUGCUCCAUGAUUUUUCAAUCUGGUCGAUUGGAGCGGUCAGUGCUGCACUCGCAGUAAUGUCGGGAAUCGUCAGCAUAAUAGCGAGUCGAUAUCGACCCACACCUGAACUUCUCAUCACUAGCGAUGAAAACAGCUGA